AUGAAGAAUUUUAUGGCGGAAAUGAAGCAGCAAGACAAGAUUCUCAAUGAAAUUAAACCAAAAAAGUCUAUUAAAAAUGAACCGCCAAUUAGAACUCCAAAAGUCGUUUCUGACUCAUCAAAAUCUUAUAAACAUUCUGAUAGAAUCAAUUCAACCGAUUAUUCUAAAUGGGAUAAAUUUGAUGCUGAUGCAGCUGUUCUGAAAAUUGAUCUUGAUGAUGAACGUCAACGAGAACUUGUCGAAGCGAACAAUAAGAAAAACUUAGAAAAAUCAAAAUUAAUUGAAGUAAUUGAGGAUGAUGUCGAUGAACUUACAGAUUUUGAGAAAGAUCGAUUGAGUUUGAAGUUUAAGGAACGCGGGAAUGAGGCAUAUAAAGCUAAAGAUUAUGACGAAGCUAUUAAGGAAUAUACACAGAGCAUUAAUGUCAAGAAAACUGCUGCAGCUUUGAAUAAUCGUGCAUUGGUUUACCUAAUACUUAAAAAUUACAUCCGAGUAAUCUCUGACACAAAUGAAUGCCUACAAAUUGAGCCAAACAACAUUAAAGCUCUUCUGAGAAAAGCUCAAGCAUUUCUCGGUAAGGAAAUGACUAUCCAGGCUUACGAAACAUUUGACAAAGUCCUUCAAAUUGAUAGCACGAAUCAAACAGCACAACAGGAAAUCAUUAAGCUACAGAGCAAAAUGCCUCAACGUAAAUCAAUACGAAUGAAAAUUGAGGAGGUUGAUGAGACAACAGAAGACGUCAGCAAAGCAAAAGAAAACAAGUCUAAAGCAAAAGAUGAAAAGAAGAAAGUCAAAAAAGGAAAAUCAGAGAAGCUUGACAUGCCAGAAAUGUCACAUGUUCCAGAACUAGUUAAGAAUAUCAUCCCGGAAGAAAAGACAAUUUUCGAUCAAUUCAAGUCUGAAGACACGAAGCCACGUGAGAAACUUGUUAUGCCAACUGAACCACAACAUCAAAAAAGAAAGGAGAAGAAAGGAGGUAUUUUAAUUGAAGAAAUAAAUGUACAAUAA